AUGGAUUGGCUGCGCGACACACAUACUCCGGAGUGGGGCGUGUGGUGGAGGAGUGGCCAUCAACAUGUGCGAGACUGCUUCCUAAGGGAAAGGUAUCGACUGCACGGCAAGAGACAUAUUAUUGCCGAGUAUUCAAUAGUGAGUGCCAUCAGUGCCAUCAAAUCACAUGUGAGAGUGCGAGAGCUACCAGUGCUCACAACCGGCCCAAUAGUGGCGUAUUCCGUGUCGUCGAUGUUUGGUCUGCACCCCCACGGCGGGGGUGAGGGGGGAGGUGUACAUCAGCCGCGGGGCCCGUGUAUGGCGCCGACCGCCGCGCUCAAGGAAGAGCCAGCACUGCAUGUGCCUCAGGCCCAUCACCCGCACGCGCAGCUGCAUCACCACCACCACCAUCACACCGUGCGCUCAGGUGCCGCAGCCUGGAUGCAAUCCUCGAUGCUUGACCAGGCUGCUGUUGCCAGUGUUGGUUUAGGUCGCGCGCACUUUGAGAAGCAGCCGCCGUCCAACUUAAGGAAAAGCAAUUUCUUUCACUUUGUUAUAGCACUCUAUGAUAAGGCCGGCCAACCCGUCGAGGUCGAGAGGACCACAUUCAUCGGGUUUGUUGAAAAAGAUCAGGAAAGCGAGGGCCAGAAAACAAAUAAUGGCAUCCAUUAUAGACUUCAACUUCUCUACGCAAACGGUGUCCGACAAGAACAGGAUCUGUACGUCCGUCUCAUCGACUCAGUCACCAAACAGGCAAUCAUAUACGAGGGUCAGGACAAAAAUCCGGAGAUGUGUCGCGUUUUGCUCACCCAUGAAGUGAUGUGCAGCCGCUGUUGCGAUAAGAAAAGCUGUGGUAAUCGCAAUGAAACCCCUUCUGAUCCAGUCAUCAUUGAUCGGUAAGUUUACUAAA